AUGUCAACUGUCCGACGCAGCAAAGCCAUGCCGACCGAUGGCCCAACAGUCAAGUUCCUAUAUACCAUCAUCAAACAACUUGAUCUGAAAUCGAUUGACUGGAGCCUCGUUGCAAAUCAACUUGAAAUCUCCAACGGUCAUGCAGCUCGAAUGCGAUACUCUCGCUUUAAGCAGCAGAUGGAAGGUACCACAUCGACACCACGAUCAUCUCGUCCGAAGAAAAGCCCGAAUAAGUCCAAGAAAAGCCAUUGCAAGGCAGAACUGUUCAAAGAAACCGAUCCUUCUGACCCGCAGCCGGGCAUGAAACAAGAACGUCGUGCGUCUCUAGACGAGAUAGCUUCCUAUAUCAAGGCCGACCCACAUGCUCAGAGGUUCCAUACGUUGGCCGAUAUCCCCGGCGUAGCUUACCACAUGCUGCCGGACUCGCCAGAUCAGUCAUUUACUUCCCCGUAUUCCCAAAUGGCCGUCUCCCCGUCAGACCUGACCAUGUACACCCCUACACCCAGCUUUUUGGACCCUUCGAUCGGAUUCAAACAUCAAACGAACCCAGGUUAUCUCUGGCCUUCCACAAAGAUGGAGCCAGAGGAGGAUGGCAGAUUGAGCGACAUUGUCAAGGUGGAAGAACAACAAGAGCAGGAGGUGGACUCAAGCCGUAGUGAGGUGGAAUUCUGCGGGCUGAAGGUCGUCAUGGAGCCUAAGGGUUAA